ACUCUGGUGGCUGCGAGAUGCCCGGGGCAUUGCCGGAGCGACCUUUUAAAGAACUUUUUGGGGAUGGGGAGGGUGAAGUGUGCAGAGCGCGGUGUACUUCUGAAACUAGGCGUUUGGCAGAAAGGACCCACGCACCCCACGCCUGGCAGCAUGCGCUCGGUUGGGGCGGUGGGGUAGGGGAACCGGGAUGAGCUGGGCAGCCCUCUCCCCUCGGGCUGCGCGCCCGGCCGCUCCUCCUCCUCCUCCUCCCCUUCCUCCGCUCCUUUCCCCUUCCCGAGCUGCCGGCUCUGCCAACCAGCUCCCAGCGCGAGCUGCCGCAGCGCCCCGCCAGCAGGACCUGAUGCGCAUCCAUAUUAGCCGUCCGAGCGCAGGAAUCCGGCCCGACCCGCGCCGCCGAGUUUAUUUUUAACCAGCCCUGCCGGGACUCGGAUGGUGCGCGCACCGCGGGCCAGAAACAUCUUCCCAGCGCUGCUCUCCAUCUUCCGCCCUCUCUCCCCCGACAUCCUCCCCCCCAUGUGGGAGGGGAAACUUUUCUCCUACAUACUUUCUAGUCCCUCUCGGGUCGGGAAGCACGGAGAUGACGGAGCCAGCCCGCCGCCGCAAGUGUGAUGCCUGGCCUGCUGCACUCUGGGAUUUGCCUCCUUUUUACUUUACUGUUUGGUGACCAGCUUUCUCAAAACGGAUCCAUCACCAGGGUUGUUCCAACUCUGUGCUCCAGAAGAGGUGGCUUUGAGGUGUGACCCUGCUCACAUUUGGGCCCAGUCCCCAUCAGCUCCUCAGCAGAACGAAGAAAACAGUGUAAAGGAGUGAUACCAAGGGAAGAAAAGGGCCCAGCAGAGCCAUUUCCUACUCUAUGUGGAUGACGGCCAUAAAGGAACUAUCACUUUGGGCAGAAAAUGGAGUUCUAUAGUAGAGACUUCUUAGAAGCCUAAAACCCUGUCCCGAUGAUGUCGAAUUCGCCCGUUGGUUUAGAAGGCUCAGACCUGUCUUCCAUCAACACCAUGAUGUCAGCAGUAAUGAGCGUAUCAAGUGUCACAGAGAAUGGUGGGAGCCCCCAGGGCAUCAAGUCCCCCAUGAAGCCUCCAGGACCAAAUCGGAUUGGCAGAAGGAACCAGGAAACGAAAGAGGAGAAGUCUUCCUAUAACUGUCCGCUAUGUGAAAAGAUUUGCACCACCCAGCACCAGCUGACCAUGCACAUCCGUCAGCACAACACAGACACUGGAGGAGCUGACCACUCGUGCAGCAUCUGUGGGAAGUCACUGAGCUCUGCCAGCUCCCUGGAUCGUCACAUGCUGGUGCACUCUGGCGAGAGGCCUUACAAGUGUACUGUGUGUGGUCAGUCUUUCACCACCAAUGGGAACAUGCACAGACAUAUGAAGAUUCAUGAGAAGGAUACCAACAGUACUACAGCUGCAGCCCCACCAUCCCCUCUGAAGCGCAGGCGGUUGUCCUCCAAAAGGAAACUAAGUCACGAUGCCGAGUCAGAAGACCCAGGACCAGCUAAAAAGAUGGUAGAAGAUGGCCAGUCGGGUGAUUUGGACAAGAUGACCGAUGAAAUCUUUCACUGCCCGGUGUGUUUCAAGGAGUUUGUUUGCAAAUAUGGACUGGAGACUCACAUGGAGACCCAUUCUGAUAACCCACUAAGAUGUGACAUCUGCUGCGUCACCUUCCGCACACACCGAGGACUGCUGCGCCACAAUGCACUUGUCCACAAGCAGCUUCCCAGAGAUGCCAUGGGAAGACCUUUUAUCCAGAACAAUCCUUCGAUUCCUGCUGGCUUCCAUGAUUUAGGAUUUACUGACUUCUCCUGUAGGAAGUUUCCUCGAAUCUCUCAGGCCUGGUGUGAAACAAACCUACGACGGUGCAUCAGCGAGCAGCACCGGUUUGUGUGUGACACCUGCGACAAGGCGUUCCCCAUGCUGUCGUCACUCCUCCUGCACAGGCAGACCCACAUCCCUGCUGAUCAGGGACAGGAGAAGCUCCAGACCAAUACCCCAGCUGCCGAUGCCUUGGAACAGAAGGCCUUCCUGGCCCUCCUGGGCCUGCAGCACACCAAAGACAUCAAGCCUGCACCUGCUGAGGAGCUCCAGCUGGAUGACAACCAAGCAAUACAGCUCCAGACACUCAAGUUUCAGCUACCUCAGGACCCUGGCUGCCCCAAUGUGCUGAGCGUGUCUCCUUUUGAAGCUGCUUCUCUAGGUGGGUCUCUGACAGUCCUCCCAGCUACCAAGGAGACCGUGAGGCAUCUGUCCCUGCAGCCCUUCCAGAAGGGCUUCAUCAUCCAGCCAGACAGUAGUAUUGUGGUUAAGCCUAUUUCAGGAGAGUCAGCCAUUGAGCUGGCAGAUAUCCAACAGAUUCUAAAGAUGGCAGCUUCUGCUCCUCCACAAAUCAGUCUUCCACCACUUUCCAAGGCUCCUGCCACCCCACUGCAGGCAAUUUUCAAGCACAUGCCUCCUUUGAAGCCAAAGCCCUUGGUCAUACCCCGGACAGUGGUAGCCGCCUCAACACCCCCACCUCUCAUCAAUGCGCAGCAGGCAUCCCCGGGUUGUAUCAGCCCGAGCCUUCCUCCACAGUCCCUCAAGUUCCUCAAGGGGUCAGUCGAGGCAGUGUCCAAUGCCCACCUGCUUCAGUCCAAGUCUGGGAUCCAGCCCAACACAACCACACAGCUCUUCCUGCAGCAGCCUGGGGUGGAGUUGCCAGGCCAGCCCGAGAUGAAGACACAGCUGGAACAGGACAGCAUCAUUGAGGCCCUGCUGCCCCUCAACAUGGAGGCGAAGAUCAAGCAGGAGAUAACAGAAGGUGACCUCAAGGCCAUCAUGUCAAGCCCCAGUGGCAAGAAGACCCCCGCCAUGCGCAAGGUGCUCUAUCCCUGCCGCUUUUGCAACCAGGUUUUUGCUUUCUCUGGAGUUCUGCGAGCCCAUGUUCGCUCCCACCUGGGCAUCUCACCCUACCAGUGCAACAUCUGUGACUAUAUCGCCGCAGACAAAGCCGCUCUGAUCCGUCACCUUCGCACACACAGCGGGGAACGGCCUUACAUCUGCAAGAUCUGCCACUACCCGUUCACAGUCAAGGCCAACUGUGAGCGGCACCUGCGCAAGAAGCACCUCAAGGCUACCAGAAAGGACAUUGAGAAGAAUAUAGAGUACGUGAGCAGCACCACUGCAGAGCUGGUGGAUGCUUUCUGCUCCCCAGAGACAGUAUGCAGGCUGUGUGGUGAGGAUCUGAAGCACUACCGUGCUCUGCGCAUUCACAUGCGCACACACUGCAGCCGGGGCCUGGGCGGCUGCCACAAAGGUCGGAAACCCUUUGAGUGCAAGGAAUGCAACGCUGCCUUCGCGGCCAAGCGCAACUGCAUCCACCACAUUCUCAAGCAGCACCUACACGUGCCCGAAAAAGAUAUUGAGAGCUAUGUGCUUGCCACCAACAGUGGCCUUGGCCCCGCAGACAAGCCCACAGACGCCUCUUCCAGAGGAGAAGAGGGCAGCUGUGUCACUUUUGCUGAGUGCAAGCCCCUCACCACUUUCCUGGAGCCCCAAAAUGGCUUUCUUCACUCAAGCCCAACCCAGCCCCUGCCUUCCCACAUCUCUGUCAAGUUGGAGCCAGCCAGCAGCUUUGCAGUGGACUUCAACGAACCCCUUGACUUUUCGCAGAAAGGCCUGGCGCUGGUCCAAGUGAAGCAGGAAAAUAUGUCCUCCUUAUUGAACUCUUCUUCCUCCUCUGCCCUCUAUGACUGCUCCAUGGAGCCCAUUGACCUGUCCAUCCCCAAGAGCAUCAAAAAAGGAGACAAGGACACAGUUGUUCCCAGUGACAAUGCCAAGAAACCAGAACCAGAAGCCGGGAAAGCUGAGCAGCUCUCUCCCUGUCCACCACCCUGCCCUACCUUGUCAGUGACUGUGGAGCCCAAAGGGAGCCUGGAAAGCCCCGCAGGCACUGUGGUGGCCGUCACCACAGCCGCCAAGCUGGAACCCCACACUCAGCCCCUCCAGGGCUCCGUGCAGCUGGCUGUCCCCAUCUACUCCUCAGCUCUCAUCAGCAAUUCUCCCCUCUUGGGCAACUCUGCUGCCCUCUUGAACAACCCAGCCUUGCUUCGGCCCUUACGGCCAAAGCCUCCCCUCCUCUUGCCAAAGCCCUCGAUGACAGAGGAGCUGCCACCACUGGCCUCCAUCGCCCAGAUCAUCUCCUCUGUAUCCUCGGCCCCUACUCUGCUGAAAACGAAGGUAGCUGACCCUGGGCCGUCGGUCACCAGCAGUAACACUGUGACUACAGACAGCCCAGGAAGCUCCAUCCCCAAAGCCACCCCCACCCCCACUGAAGUUUCAAGCUCUAAAGAAUCCAGUGACCUAUCCCCUCCAGCCAGCAGCCCCGAGGAAGCCUUGCCUACUGAACUAGGGCCAGCUGCCUCAUCGAGAAAGAGGGGUAGAAAAAGGGGAAUGAGAAACCGGUCCCUCCCCAACAGCAGUGCUGUGGACCUGGACUCCAGUGGGGAGUUUGCUAGCAUCGAGAAGAUGCUGGCCACCACAGAUACCAACAAGUUCAGUCCAUUUCUGCAGACUGCAGAGGAUGACACUCAGGAAGAGGUGGCUGGAGCCCCUGCAGACCACCAUGGGCCCACUGAUGAGGAGCAAGGUAGCCCUGCAGAAGACAGGCUGCUGAGAGCCAAGCGGAACUCCUAUGCCAACUGCCUGCAAAAGAUCAACUGCCCCCACUGUCCCCGGGUCUUCCCUUGGGCCAGCUCCCUCCAGAGGCACAUGCUUACACACACUGGUCAGAAACCCUUCCCUUGUCAAAAAUGCGAUGCCUUCUUUUCUACCAAAUCUAACUGUGAACGUCAUCAGUUGCGCAAACAUGGAGUUACCACCUGCUCCCUGAGAAGAAACGGGCUUAUUCCCCCAAAAGAGGGUGAUGUUGGAUCCCAUGAUAGCACAGACAGCCAGUCAGACACAGACACCUUGACCACCCCAGGUGAGGUGCUGGAUCUCACAGCACAGGAUAAAGAGCAACUGCCAUCAGAGGGAGCCAGUGAGCUCAAUCCAGCCACACAGGACCUUACCACUAAAGAGGCCAAAGCAGAAGCAGCACCCCCUGAGAAGGAGGAAGAAAAGGAGACAGAGGAGAACCCCGAGCCAAAGGAAGAGCAUUGCCUGGAAGAGAGCACUGGAGAUGCAGACGCCCCAGAGGAAGACACCGCCAGCAACCAGAGCCUGGAUCUUGACUUUGCCACCAAGCUGAUGGACUUCAAGCUGGCGGAGAGUGAGACGAGCACUGUGGAAAGCCAAGGCCCAGCCCAGCAGGAGCCGAAGCAUGCCUGUGAUACCUGUGGGAAGAACUUCAAGUUCCUGGGUACCCUAAGUCGCCACAGGAAGGCACACAGCUGCCAGGAGCCGAAGGAGGAGGAGGCACCAGCACCUUCGCUGGAGAAUGAGGGCGUUGGCAGAGCGGUAGAGGGGCCCUCCCCUUCCCCGGAGCCUGAAGAGAAACCUGUGGAAUCCCCGGUAAUAGAUCCAACACCAGGAACCAGGGAGACCUCAGCGGUGAAACAGAAUGAAGAAACAGAGGGUCCCACUGAUGGGGAAGGUACGGCUGAGAAGAGGGGUGACGGUGACAAAAGACCAAAGACAGACUCCCCCAAAGGCAUGGCCAGUAAGGCAGACAAGAGGAAGAAGGUUUGCAGUGUAUGCAACAAGCGGUUCUGGUCCCUGCAGGACCUCACCCGGCACAUGAGGUCACACACAGGAGAAAGGCCAUACAAGUGUCAGACCUGUGAGCGAACCUUCACCUUGAAGCACAGCCUAGUUCGACACCAGAGGAUCCACCAGAAAGCCAGGCACAGCAAGCACCACGGGAAAGACAGCGACAAGGAUGAGAGAGCUGAGGAGGACAGUGAGGACGAGUCCACCCACAGUGCUAACAACCCCGCCUCAGAGAAUGAGGCUGAGUCAACUCCUAGCACCAGCAACCAUGUGGCUGUCACCAGGAGCCGGAAAGAGAACUUGUCCAGUUCUGGGAAGGAGUGUAGCCAGGAGGAGAAAGCUGAAGCAGAGCAAGCAGCUGAGCCCAGUGCCCCCAAACAGCAGGGGUCUCCAGGUGAAGCAGACCCCCAGAGCCCAGCAGCCAUCGUGCAAGACUUGCUGGAGCUGUGUGGCAAGAGGCCUACCCCAAUCCUGGCGGCCACCGAUGGUGCCUCACAGCUCUUGGGCAUGGAAUGACGGCCUGCCCUGUCUCCAUCAGCACACAGAGUGAGCAGAGCAUCCCGAAUGUAGAUUUCACAAGGUUUUCUCCGCAUCCUUCAGUUGUCUGAAGAGAGAGGAAAGAGAGGGCAAGAGAGAGACAAGCAAGCCUGUGGCCAGCUAGCUCGUGCCAUAGCCUUACCCAGUACACGUGCACCCGGCCCCAGUACAGCCGACUUCAGUGCCUUAACUACUUAUGGGUCCUCCCAUGUCGUUGUGGGUGCCCCCCCCAAAAAAAGACGUUUUAACAAAACAAAUAUUUUAAUGAAUUUUUCAGAGGACCUUUUCAUUUAAGCAUUAACAUUACCUUUUGUAUUUGUGUGUUUGAGCUUGUUUUUGUGAAUCUGUGAUAGUACUGUUUGUUCUGUGAGCUGGAAGCAGAAAACCUUCCCCUUGGAUCCUGUAGCCAAUAACUGGAAGAAAAUGAUGUGAAUUUCAUGUCCAUGACCAGAGGGGAGAGGGUGUGAGGCUGAUUUCUAAGCUAGACCCAUAUUCUCUGGUUCACUUGGUGGAGGAGCCGUGACCUGCCCUUUGUUAUUAGUGGAUGUGGUUGAUGCAGGGUUCCUGUGUGGUGUGAGCCAAAGCCAGGAAAGAGUCUAACUUCAACCUCAUGCGUUUCCACUCUCUAUGUGAGAAAUGGUUAGUGUUCAAAUUCUUACUUUACACAGAAAAGUGACCUCCCCAGCACCGUAGCCUAUGGAGGACAUGCCUGGAGGUCAUAUAUCGACUUUCCCUUCUUCCUAUUCGGUAUAUGUUAUUAAUAUUUUUAUUUUUAUUUUUACUUCAUCAAUUUGCUGGGCUCUGCAUUCAGCAGAAACAAGUGGGCAAUAUUUGUCCUGGGUGACCUGUACUGCUUCCUGGUCCCCGCUUAAUGUGUGCCUGAAGCUUCUGGUGGCACACCAGUGAUGGCUCUUCUACUGUACUCAGACAAACCUUUCUUCCAUGACUGUAGAAUCCAGCAGGGGCCAGGAGUGGUCCUCCAAGCGUGGCCAAGGAGUGGCUCAGAGGGAAGAGCAAGGAUGCACAAGUGGUGGCGAGCAGGCAUCCGAGACACCAGGCCAUACCUGGGGCACCUCAGAGUCACUUUGCAAGGCACCCCAGUCUUCCUGCUAAGCUGGGUCAACGCCUUCCCCCAGCUGUGCUACUACGGUCAUUUGAGAAGCAAUGAGAUACUACUGCCAGUGAUGAACUGAAGCGCAUGCGCAAGGUCUAGACGACAGGGUUGUCUUCACCUUUCUGCAGUGUGGGGUUGCUGCGUGGAGAGAGGAAAGCUUUUAAAUCCCUAACUGGCCCAAGCCCCUGGUGCACAGAGACGGGGUUCCUUUAGUUCCUGAGUGUUCUGUACAAACAGUAGCCCUCCCUCAUCAGCAAAAAGAACCGUUCCUACUGUAGCUGAGCUCCGUUCAGCGCCCUGUCCCUUAGCCGAGACCCGAGGAUGCCUGAGCCACACUGCUACUAGAGCCCUGUUUGUCCCUUGCCUUGCAGAGCCUCAAGACUUCCCUAGGAGAGGCCUUCCUCUGCUCCACCUAUUCCCCUUAUCCUGUGGCUCCAUAUGCUCCUCCGCUAAGAUGUGCGACCCGAGACAUGCGUACCCCUUUGUCCACCAGUUUCUAGUGGCUAAAAUCCAACCACCCUGACUUCAAUGGAAAGAUAGAUAUUCUAGAGAUAAUGAAAAGUGAUAUAUGUAUGAAAAAAACAUUGAGGUAUAUAUGAUUUUUAACUGUAUUAGGAAUGUGUGGACCUGUUUAAAAUUGAGAUUUUAUUUACUGUAGAGACAGAAAUCAGAACCAUUGAUCCCAUGGCCUUCUAAGUUAAACCUAGCUCCUACAUCCCUUAGUUGUUUUUUAUUAUUAUUAUUACAAUUGUUGUUGUUGUUUUCAUUGUUGUUAUUUGGGGUUUCUUGUGUUUUGGUUUUCUUUGCAACUCUCCACACUAAACUCAUGAUACUGUGGGGAGAAGCCGUGCCUGAACGCUACGCUGCGGUGAGAUGUAGCAGGGGUUGCUCCCAGCAGCGGCCGUCGCCAGGGCUGCAACUGGCAAUAAUCACUAUUGAUUUAAAGCUUUAUUUAGUCUCAUCUGUUCUUUCAUAGUUAAUAAGGUCUUGCCACAUUUUAUUAGUGAGAUUGAGAGAUGAAUUAUUUGUUUGUUGUCCUGCCCACCUUCCUUCCCCAAUAUUAAAACUGUGAAGUUUGUGAUUUUGUUUAAACGCUGGGUGAAUCAUAGUGUUAGUUUGCAUGUCCAGCUAAUUUGUUUCUAUACAUUUUGUUUGAUUCUCUUUCUCCUCAGGGCUUUUACAAAUAUAUAUAUAUAUUAUAUAUGUAUAUAUAUAUGGAUCUUCUGAAAAAAUUGAGGUGCAAAUUUUCUCUUUUGUUGUUGUUUUGUUUUUGUUUUUGUUUUCUCUUGAAUGGACACAAUGCUGAUAUUCAAUCACUACAUAAAAUAUCUGGCUGUGAAACAAAGCAGAGAGGCCCCGCAGGACUGUUAUCCAAGCAGCUCUGUGGAAGCUUCGUGAAUCGGAUACCGGUUUCAGACAGAUCAUCCUGCGUUCGUCUCUUUCCUCUCCUCUCUUUCUUCAAGGAGAAAAAAGUUGAUCCUAAUGAUUUCAGCCCAUGCAUUAAACAGAAAACAAUAAUAACUGUAGAAUUCAUAUUUUUCUAAAGGGAACUUAAAAACUGCUGCUACAUGAUGUACAAAACUGGUCUAUGCCACAUGAACAGAAUCACAGGUUUGGUUUUGGUACUUCUUGUUUCUCUUUGUACUCAGUUGUAUAGAACUUCCAAAUUCAGAAUGAAAAGAAAGCUCUCCUGUAUCAAACCAUCUAAGCAAUAAAUGUUAUAUUUAAAAAAUGG